AUGUCUGAUGGACUGCUUAAUGGUGGACUUUCCAUACUGGAUGACAACUUGAUAGUACAACAUGUUCUCCUAGGACCACUGGAAUAGUAUCUUUGUGGUGAAGAUCCAGGGUUAGGAUUUCCCAAACUGGAGCAAGCUAAAAAAUCAUCUGAUCUUUGUGGACAUGUUUUUAAAGUGGGAGAACCAACCUAUUCUUGCAGAGACUGUGCAGUAGAUCCAACUUGUGUUUUGUGUAUGGAUUGCUUUUUGGGAAGUAUUCACCAAGGACACAGAUAUAGGAUGACAAAAUCUGGUGGUGGAGGAUUUUGUGACUGUGGUGAUGCGGAAGUAUGGAGAAAGGGAAUGCACUGCCAAAAGCAUGACCCUGGCAUGUCUGGUACUGCUGAAGAGGAUCCACUGUCACACUUGUCAGAGGAUAUGCUAGCCAGGACAUACAACAUCGUUGCCAUCUUGUUUAAGUAUGCAGUAGAUAUGCUGAUAUGGGAAAAGGAAAUAUGGGAAAAGGAAAGUGAAGUGCCCCUAGGUUUAGAACCUUUGGAUAAAGGAGAUAUCUAUUAUUGUAUGCUUUUUAAUGAUGAAGUCCAUACAUAUGAACAGGUGAUUUUAACCCUCAAGAAAGCUGUGAAUUGUACACAUAAGGAAGCUGUUGGGUAUGCUACAGCAGUAGACAGGGAGGGUUGACGAGCUGUUCGCUGUGGAGAUUACCAAUUCUGUGAGCAAGCAAAAUCUGUCAUCAUGAGAACUCCAGGUCGGCAGACCAAGCCCUUGAAGGUUCAGGUUAUGCAUUCAUCUGUUGUGGCACAUCAGUAUUUCAGCCUCAGACUGCUGACCUGGCUUAGCCAGGUAAUUGAUUAUUCAGAUGGUCUCCGUCGAAUUGUGUGUCAAGUUGGAUUACAACAAGAUCAGGAAGGAGAUAAUUCUUCACUUGUAGACACAUUGAUGCUUAAUGACUCCAAACUAUGGAAAGGUGCAAGAAAUGUGUACCAUCAGCUGUUCAUGCGUAGUCUUCUCAUGGACAUGAAGUACAAGAAGCUUUUUGCUGUCUGUUUUACAGAAAACUAUGAACGAUUGCAGAAUGACUGUGUGAAUGAUGACCACGACAUAGAGUAGUUUUCAGUUACUGAUCUUUCAUUGCAAAUGUUUACAGUGCCAUCUUUGGCUCGGAUGUUGGUAAUGGACCAUGACCUCAUGAGCAUUAUUAUUAGGACUUUUAUGGAUUGUUUAAAAUGUAAAGAUGCUCAUGGCAGAUUCCAAUUUGAAAGAUAUACAACUGCGCAAGCUUUUAAAUUUCGGAGGGUUCAAAGCCUUAUAGGUGAUCUCAAGUACAUUUUGAUAAGCAAGCCACCAGAAUGGACAGAUAAAUCAAGACAGAAGUUUUUAGAAGGGUUUGAAAACAUCUUAGAACUCCUGAAAUGUAUGCAGGGCAUGGAUCCAGCAACUCGUCAAGUAGGUCAACAUAUUGAAAUGGAGCCGGAGUGGGAAGCAGCUUUCACCUUACAAAUGAAAUUAACUCAUGUGAUUUCAAUGAUACAGGACUGGUGUGCUUCAGAUGAGCUGGUUUUAAUUGAAGCAUACAAGAAGUGUUUAAAUGUACUAAUACAGUGCCAUAGUGGUUUUGCAGAUGGCGAACAACCCAUCACCUUGAGCAUGUGUGGUCAUUCAGUAGAUACUAUUCGAUACUGUGUAUCACAAGAAAAAGUUAGUAUACAUCUUCCAGUCUCGCGCUUACUUGCAGGAUUACAUGCUCUUCUCAGUAAAACAGAAGUGGCUUACAAAUACCCAGAACUCCUACCUUUGAGUGAGCUUAGUCCACCCAUGUUGAUAGAGCAUCCACUGAGAUGUCUGGUUUUAUUUGCCCAAGUUCAUGCAGGGAUGUGGAGAAGAAAUGGAUUUUCUCUAGUCGAUCAGGUGUAUUACUACCAUAAUGUAAAAUGUCGAGUGGAGAUGUUUGACAAAGACUUAACAAUGCUGCAGGCAGGGGCAUCAAUGAUGGAUCCAAAUCAUUUUCUUAUGACAUUACUUAGUCGAUUUGAACUCUACCAACUUUUUAGUAUCCCAGAAUAUGGCAAAAAAUUUGCUGCUGAAGCAGCCAACAAGCCAGCAGGUCCAUGUGAUGGAAGUGAAGCAGAUGACAGCAUACCACCACCAGCAGGUCCAUUUGUUGGCGGUGAACCAGAAGACAGCAUACCACAGCCAGCAGCAGAUGACAGCAUACCACAGUCAGCAGGUCCAUCUAAUGGCACUGAAGCAGAUGACAGCAUACCACAGUCAGCAGGUCCAUCCGAUGGCACUGAAGCAGAUGACAGCAUACCACAGUCAGCAGGUCCAUCCAAUGGCACUGAAGCAGAUGACAGCAUACCACAGCCAGCAGGUCCAUCUGAUGGCAGUGAAGCAGAUAACAGCAUACCACAGCCAACAGUGGAAUGUCAAGAAGAUGUGGAUUGCUGUCCUCCUCAAUACCAUGAAGGACUUGAGCAGACACCAUUAAUCAGAAAUGGUAGUGAUGAGGAACUCUUUAGGAGCCCGAACCAUGCAGCAGAGGGCAGUAUCAACAUACCCACAGAGCGGGGCACUGUCAUUGAAGAGCCCACUGCCAUCAGCUUUGUAAGUGCCCUUAAAAUUCCAGAUGUGUUGGAGUUUUCCCUCUGCUUAUUAUUUGCCAAGCUUGUCAGCUACACCUUCCUUUACUGGCUACCACUGUUCAUUCCCAACGUAGCACAUUUGGAUUCAAAAGGUGCUGGAGAUAUAUCUAUGCUCUUUGAUUUUGGAGGAAUUUUAGGUGGGAUAAUUGCAGGUAUAGUUUCUAACUACAUGGGAGGGAGAGAGACAACUUGCUGUGUGAUUCUCAUUGUAGCAGCUCCCAUGUUGUUCCUGUAUAACAAUAUCGGUCAGAAUGGAAUUGGAACCACAAUUGCUAUGCUGAUUGUGUAUGGAGGUCUGGUGAAUGGUCCAUAUGCUCUCAUCACUACUGCCAUCUCAGCUGACCUGUUUCAGCUCCUGCUUCAAAUCUGGAAUACAUUUUGGAUCGCACCUAGUUUCUACAACAAGCUUUCUGUACUUUUUAAGGGACCAAGAUGGGGACCAGGAAAGCUAAGACUGGGUCUUCCAGAGGAAAUUCCCAAGGUUUGCUGUACUUUGAAAGUAGAACCGGUAUACCCGAAGAAGAAAAACAGUAAUUCUUCAGAUAUGGGACUGAUGCACAAUUAUCAGUACAAGCAGAGGUCAUUGUCACCUUUUCAUGCAAAUAUCCGAGAGCAGCAAACAAGACAUGGUGGUUACAUUGGUGAAACUGAUGGACUUUCAAGAGAAAAAGAGCGACCUUUGGAACAUUACAGUUUGCAUGAUGAGCGUAGCACUUGA